AUUUUUGGCUGUUGGUUUCCAAUAAUAAAAGAAACUGGUCCUGGCCAGUAUCAAUUGUUAGCUGCAGCGUUACAGCGCCUAAUGCAGCUAUAACCUAAAACUCACCUAUGAAUUUCAAUAUUUUUUCGACUGGUCUUUAUUGGACAAAAAUUGAAAAGGAAAAUUUGUUUAGAUUCUUCAAAUUUUGCCACUGGACAGUUUAUUUUCAUUUUGCAGGUUUAUCCACAAAGCAAAAUCCUGUCAAACUGGAUCUCAAAAAUGAACUUUUUCUCUCCUAAUUUGUUGGUUAAUUAUCAUUUUCAAUAAUAGAUGGCAUCGAUACCAAAAAUGGUUCAACAUGUGUUGUAUAUAUACAAUAUAUAUAGAAUUGUAAUUCUAUAGAAUAUAGAAUAUGAUAAAAACAAAUUCCAAUUUGGUAAUUUGGUUUAAAAAUAAUGUGAAACGAAUAAAUACAAUAUGUCGGACAAUCCGAAUAAGGAUAUUUGUGAUAUGUUGAUCAAAUUAGGCGAACAUGAACGCGAUGUCAAUGGUAUCAUUUAUAAAUAUCAUGCCUAUCGAAAAGCUGCUAAAGCUUUAGAAGCAUAUGGUAAACGAGUAGAAUCUGGUGCUGAAGCUCAAAAAUUAUCAGGUAUCGGACCAAAAAUUGCAGCCAAAAUAAAUGAUUUUCUUCAAAAUGGUUGUGAUGAAGAUAUUCAAGGUUCAUCAAAAGAGAUUGAACAAGAAACAUCACCAACAUCUGAAAGAAAAUCGAAAAAAAUUAAAAAAGAUGACAAAAAAGAUACAUCAUCGAAUCACCAUAACAACAAAAGCAACAUUGAAGCCAGUUCUACUGAUGAUGACCUUAUAGAAGAGAGCUUCGAUAAAAUCUAUGGAAUGACUAAAAUUGAUGUAAUGUAUCUGAAAAUCAAAGGCAUCAAAACGAUUGGUGAUCUAAGGAAUAAUAUAACGAUAGCUGAAUUGAAUGAAGCUCAACAAAUAUGUCUAGAACAUUAUGAUGAUUUGCGUUUAAAGAUAUCGCGUAAAGAAAUCAAAAAAUUCGAAAAAUUAAUUUCGCAAUCAUUGAAAAAAUUAUCAAACGUAAAUGUAGAGAUUGAAAUUUGUGGUCAGUUUCGUAGAAGGAUUGAAGAAUGUGAUAAAAUUGAUGUGUUGAUUAUUGAUAUGAAAACCAAAUCUACCGAUUCUGAUGCUGAACGCAAAUUGAAAAAAAGCAUGAAAAUUAUUGGCAAAACUCUGCUUGCUGAACAUAUUAUCAAGAAAAGUCUUGCUCUUGAUGGUAGUUAUUUUGCUGGUAUUGUUAAUCUAGAACAAUCAAGUCCAUAUAGACUAAUGAAUUUACAUGUUGUUCCCAAAGAUCAAUACGUUGGUGUUCUAUUCCAUCUGACUGGAAGUGAACAAUUCUGGGAACGGAUACGUUUACAUUGCAUAAAUCAAGGAUUCAUUUUAUCGUCUCGUACACUAUGUCGUAUUGGCCAAACAUUAGUACCAGGUCUACCUAUUAAAAUCAAAAGUGAAGAAGAAUUAUUUGAUUAUAUUGAAUAUCCAUAUGUUGAACCAAAAGAUCGACAAUGAAUUAACCAUUUUUUUUGUCUUCAAUAUUAUUGAUUUCCACUAUUACAUCGAUUGAUUAACGUUAAAUAUCUUACGACAUAAUUAUUGCCUCAAACGAUUUUAUUUAUUCAUAUGAAAAUAAAUAGUACAAUGCGUACA